AAAGCACACACAUUCGUUGGAAAGGUUUAAGCAACUUUCAGUUCCCUCAACCUUCCCCCCCGAUAAACAGGCCAGCCACUCUUUCCCUUCCUCCCUCCCAUUCGCUGUACUGUACUGUACCCUGCAGCCUGCAAGCGUCCAAGACGCCUUCUUCCGUCCUAACGUACUCGUUCGUACACUACACCGGAGAGGAACGCUGACGGGUGCACCGAACCAACACCUUGCCUUUUCACACUCUCUCAAGCCCUACUCAUCUCAUUUCUUUCUGCCCUUUCCACGCCCUCCUCCACGUUCCAUUCCAUUCCCUUCUCUCUCCCCUCCCUCCCCGCAAGUCUCGCUCCGGUCGGUCGUGAGAGUCGCGGAAAGGAAUUCUAAUCAUGUCACAGUUCGGAAAUUUUCAUGUAAGUUUCUCCCCUCCCCCGCGAUCGUCCCCUUUUCUUUCCGGGUUCAAUGGAAUGGAUGGGUGGUUGGGUGGGUGAGGUCUUGUAUUUUCUUUGGCUCAUCCACCCGUCUAUUGCUACUACUGCGCCAAAUGGAGAAUGGCACGAGCACGAGAACAGGACUUUAGAUGACUGAUUCAACGCGCUUGGUCAAAUAGGACUUUUGUCGAGCUUCGACAUUACCCGUAUGCAACGUACGUUUUACUCUACCAUCGCUUCGGCUACCUUCUUCGUCUUCUAUUGCAACCGAGGGGGGGGUUUCUGACCUUGGGUUCUAGCUAUUCUUUGUGAGAAAAGAAUGUGUGCUCGAGGGAUUCAAGGCUGGCGAUGGACGCGUCAGGAAUCUGGGUUCGUCACUUUCCAGCGAACACCGUUUUGCUUUUCUUUCUUCGUUCCACCGAAGCGGCCGAUCCAUUGUCUGAGUUUAUGCACAGCCACUGACCCGGUAUCCAAUGGCAGGUUCGAUAAUACUGUGUGCCUUUGCAAUCAUAGUCUCGGUAUUACUGCUGCUCUUAUCCCAGAAGAAGAGAGCUGCAGUGGGGCGAAGGUUAGUUCUCGACGCGCGUUCCACCGGAACUCCUGGCGCAGGGUGUGGGAGGGUACUUUUUAACGAGGCCUGCGUGCGGCAUGUAGGGAAAUGCAAAUAUUCUUGAUACUCUAUAUUUUGGUAUCUCUGGUGGAAGUAUUUACGGUCGGGGGAUUCCUGACCGAUCGAACAGUGCUGGUGGUAUGUUUUGAGAAAAAGAAUAAUUUUAGCCUUUUUUCCUGGUGGAAAGGGUAGUUGCUGAUGGAUUUUGGGGGGGGGGGUUAAAGUGGUUUACUGGCAUUCAUUUGGGCGCGAUAGCAGCAACAGCAUGGGUUCUGUUGCUAAACGCUGUUGUUGGAUUCCAAUUAGUUGACGAUGGGACACCGCUAUCCGUGGGACUGGUGGCCGGGUCUGCACUUGCAUUUUUCGUCGGGACUGGUAAGGCGCAUUUCAUCCGUUAGCGUUGAGCACUGAACUUCGAGGUCUAAGUCUUUUCACAGCAUAUGUCGCCGUGGACACUGGCUUUGGUGAACCGGGAAACUUUCCUAUCAAGAAUAUCAAUGAACCAAAGAAUUACGCCUUAUACGUCCUAUACCUACUGUUCCCGCUGAUAGCAAUCGCUGCCUUCCUCAUUCUGGAAUCCUUCUUGGUGCUGAGGGUAUUGGGAGAAGUAAUGCCAAUGGGUAAAUUACUGUUUUAUAUACCCCAGCUUGGGGGCGUUGGGAGCUGACGAUAAUAUCAUAGCCCGCCUGGGAGCCGCAGCGCUGUUCUUCGCUAUCGGCCAAAUCUUCAACUUCGUUAUUAGCGUUCACAUUUGCGAUGCCUCGAACGGCAAGAUCGACGGCGCUUUCUUCGAGACAUUAUUCACGUUGCUCGCCGUAGUCGCCGUCUGGCUCUUCUGGAGCAGCAUCACAGAGGACGAAUGGCCAGAUGAUGAUCCGAUGAACCCAAUGAUGUCCGAAUCGGGCUAUCCUCCUCCAUAAAUUGCAAAAAAGGGGGAAAAGCGAAAAAGCGUAGGUUUGAUGAUCAUGAUCAUGAUUCGUUUUUUUCUUUUUUUUCUUUCUUUAUUUGUCUGUUUGUGCGAGCGGUAUCUUGAUAACGGAUCAUACGAAGAUGCAUGCAUGAUUCCAAGGGGAUGAGCAUCUCACAAACCGCUUGACGUCACCAUCACCACUACCACUGCCCAACUCGAAUCCGCAAUCGAAUCAAUUAACCAUAUACGGCUCCAAAUUCUAAAACCUUUUCUCCUUUGGUCCUGUUCCUGCUUUGUUCGUUCAUGUCUUUAUUCCUUCUCGUGCGGCGAGUGAUACCUGUCUACCUAUGAUACCCGUCUUAAUCUUCCUGCAAGCGAGUCCUGGAGUUUGCAGGAGUUUGUGAUUGAUGAUCUGGUGGGCAAGCGUGCAAGCAAACAAGCGAGAAAGCUGAAGUUCAUCAAUGCCGGAGUUUUUUGUUUUCGAUGUUUUUAAUGUUUUCAUUUUCUCAUUUUCAUCUCUCAUCUCAUUGUUUAUUCCUGGCCUAGCUCGGUCUAGUCCGGUCUAGCGUGACGUCCUGGGUUCACUCGCCUUCAAGGGGGAGCCUUGCAUUUGCGUUUUUUUUUUCUUUCUGGUUUUGGCCAUGGCGGAGGAGCGGGAUGGAUCUGGGACGUGGAUACCGUAUUUGCGCCUGGAAUGGGGUGUUUACAUGUUUAGGAUUUGGUAUUAGUGUUGGAGGGGGGGAGGAUUAAUGCUCUUUUGGCUCUUGGUCUUGGUGUGUAAUGUCUUACGGAAUACUGGUAUGCACUCGCGGUAAUAGGCUUUGGCAGUACCGGUAUUGGGGAGAGGAAGAGGUGGAUCGAGGGGAGUUUGUUUUAUACUGGGCUCUCUUCCUAUUCAUUGCUGAGGAAAGAGAGGAAAAGCUUACGACGAGCCGAGCCCCCCCGUGAGAAAAAAGGUUCAGGGCUGCUAUCUGUUUUGUGAUAGGGGAGCGUGAACGGCAUCGGUGAAUGAAUGGUUGGAUGGGGAUAUAGCAUGUAUAUGUAGUUACUCUUUUUUUUUCUUCUUUUUUCUUCAUUGCUUCACUUCAUUCCAUUCUUUCUAAAGAUUUCAAUGGUCACGCUAGAAUAUACGCUAAUAAAUGAACAAAACCCCUUGGUUAC